UGCUACGGCGCAUUUGCCAGUAUCAACGGUCUGCGUUUAUCGACUAUCGUGUGUUCUAUGGCAAAUGCAAUCCAUUGACUCCAAGCACCAAAAUUUACGUGGUUGUUUUCGUAAACGGUACCAUAGUCAACCAUGAUGGAUGUGCAGAACCAGUACAAAGCGGCGCCUGUGACCGGCGAUGGUUGCAAGAAUCAAACGCCACCGACUUUGCUUUCGAGUUUAAGGAGCGUUCUAUUUGUCAUUGGAACCAUAGUGAUCGGAUUCGCUGCGUUCCGCAACUCACUAACAUGGCAUUUGCAGAGAUUUUGGGGAGCCUCUGGUGAUUUCUGGCAAGCACAAUGGGACAAGAUUUUAGACAAAGUAGGAGACAAUCCCUUCACGCUUUGGGUUUAUGGUUCGUUGGGGCUGACAUUUUUCGUGUACUGGUUCUUUGGCGGUAUAUACACGAUUCUAGACCUAACUAAUUGGCCAGCUGCUUUGCGGAAAUACAAAAUACAGCCGGGCACGAAUGAACCGGUCGACAAGAGGGAAUUGCUCAAAGUAAUCGCUCAAGUACUAUUCAAUCAAACCUUUAUUGGAUUUCCUCUGGCGUACGUCAGUUAUCUCCUUAUGGAAUGGCGCGGUUAUCCCCCUGUACGCGAAUUGCCGACCUUCCAUUGGGUGCUCGUUGAAAUCGCUAUUCACAUAUUGUGCGAGGAAAUUGGAUUUUAUUACUCGCACAGAUUUCUGCAUAGCCGCUAUCUGUAUAAAUAUAUACAUAAACAGCACCACGAGUGGACGGCCCCCAUAGCUGUAACAUCACUAUAUUGUCAUCCCUUAGAACACAUUGGUUCAAAUUUGUUGCCACCAUUUUUGGGAGUAUUCAUCAUAAGUUCUCACGUGGCUACUGCUUGGCUUUGGUUUUCGCUUGCUAUUCUUUCUACAUUAAAUGCUCACUCUGGUUACCAUUUACCAUUCUUUCCAUCUCCAGAAGCUCACGAUUUUCAUCACUUAAAAUUCAACCAAUGUUUUGGCGUCUUAGGAGUGUUGGAUCGCAUUCACGGCACAGAUACGCAAUUUCGUAACUCCAGAGCUUAUCAGCGUCAUGUAAUAAUGCUUAGCUUGGUACCCCCAAGGGAAGCUUUCCCAGAUGAAGUAAAGUAUAAAUCUAAAUAG